CAUGUUCCACACUAAAAUGAUAUGGCAACCCUAUCCUAAAAAUCAUGAAACAUAUAAAGGAUGAGCCAAUGCACCUAUCUAGCGGCCGUGGCCACGUCUCCUUUUUUGCGUCUAUUAACAGUGGGAGAAAGGGAUAAGCCCCGAGCGAUCCGUUUGGCUCCACUCCUCUCUCUUUCCCUUUUCCUCUGCCUCGUGCUCUUCUUUCCUCGCCGCCGCCACCCCAACCUAGGCGGCUCCUCUCCUCGUCGAACCAGCAGCCUCCUCUCCAUCUUCACGCGCAGCCUCCUUCCCACCGGGCUUCGCCUCUUCGGGCGGCGGGACGCAGUGGCUCUAUUGAUGGCAGAUGGGGCGACAACGGCGACGCUCCUCGUCGCCCAUGGCGGUCGGCGGCGCUCUGGCCGUGGAGGCCUGCUCCUCAUGCUCCUCCUCUACCCGCUCCACCUCUCCGCGGCCGCGCCCGAGUCCGAGUGCGCCAAGUUCGCCGGCCCGCGCGCGCACCUGCGCUGGCUCCGCUUCAUCCGGCCCGUGCCGCGCUGCGUUCGCCGCGUCGCCUCCUCCUGCGCUACGCCGGCUCCGCCGCCCCCGACCACGCCCCUGCGCAUGCCGCUGCAGCACCCCCGCGCGAUCGUCGGCUCGCUCCGGCCGGCUCCGCCUCUGCCCGGGGCCGGGUGCUCCUCUCCUCGCGCGCCCUCGCGGUCGCAAGAGGCGGAUAUGUACGGAGGAUCCACGAGCUUGGUGCCAUCCAUCCCGUCCGGCGACGCUCACCCCCUCUUCUCCAACGUGUCUGUGAUCUAUUCACUUGCGUCUUCACUGCCUCAAGUGCGCAGAAAUAUUAUUGUGCAGAGGUGGCUGCAGCCAUGCACAUCUGUUUUUGAGGCUGCAGAUGCGACCACCAGUUGUUUGUAUAAAUGCUCAAGGAGGACUGCUCUGGAGAGGACAACACGUGUGUUUGAAAGAGAGGGAUGGAAAAGAGGGGGCUGGAGUAAGAGAAGAGGAAGGAGUGGAGCCACAUGUUAUUUCUUUGUCAUCGACGUCAUCCCACCAUUAUAGAGACUUUCUUGGAUGACAUGCCUCCCAUACUCUCGCCCCUUGUGCUCCAUCUGUGUUGGUACCCUUUCAUGGUUUCUUGUCUCCUCUUCUUUCAUGAUUCAUUCAUUUCAAAUACUAAUUCAGGUUGUUAUACUAAUUUGAUUGAUGUGGAUGGUGUAAUAAUUCAGGUCGUGCAUGAUGGUGUGCUGAUUUCCUUGAUGCCUCAUCAGGUUUCACUUUUUUGAUACAUUGAUUGGUUACCAAUUUGAUGCAAAUAGCCAAAAUGAAUGGAUAUUACUUGUGGUCAGACUAAAUUUUCCAUGUUCUUUGUGUGUGAUUAUGCUCAAGUUUUGGAAGAAUUGGGCUAAGGGGUGAUUGUGCUCAGGUUUUGAUGCAGGUUCUUUUGAAUUCUGAAACUUUGGUUUGGUAUGACAGACAAUGCUAUUAAUAUUUGAACAGACAAUAUAGUUACUAGAGUCACUUCAUAGUUCAUACUAACACGCAAACUCAUUUUGUAUUGCAGUGAGAUUCAGACAAUUUUAGGAAACACAUGGAAAGGAGUCCAAAUGGGCUCGGCGUACAUGGUUUUCAGUUAACAUGUCCUAUUUUUGCAGUGAGUGAUCGACGAGGGAAGCACAAGGAAAAGAGCAAGCCAUGAAAGAUGCAGUGAUUGAUGGAUUGGGCAACUUGUUCCUGCUAGUUUCUCUAUUGGCAAAGAACAAAAUCCUAUUAAUUAUUUUUUGUGUAUGCAUAAUGUAUAGUUAAUCAAUUGGCUGUGUAUGGUGACAUUAGUAAUGACCUUGACAGUUACAAGUGAAAGGUCAUUCUCAGACCGAAAAAGCAGCUGCGUUGCGCGAAUCCCAGAUCUUGUAAUGACCUCGAACUGUAUUUACACCGGCUUAGAGACCCCUCAGCUGGUGAAUCGGUUGUCCAUGGUGCGUCAGCCAUGAAAGAUGCAGAAGAAAAAUCAUAGAGGGAUUUGAGAGAAAUAGGCAACAUGAAGAGCUUUGUUUUGUCUCUUUGCGUUUUCAACCGCAUGUCCGCAUCUAAUUUUGGAGAAAAGAGAGAGGAAUUUGAGAGAGAUAGACAAUCUGAAGGGAUGUUGUGGCUACAUCAUCCUUGUAGUCACAAGGGAUACUUUUUGUGGUUGAUAAAAGCACACACACUCACCAGGUUCAUCAGGUUGCUGUGAGUGUGGCCAUCAUGGCUAUCCCAGGAGCAGGUUCAGCUUCUGUACAUCCAUUUUUUCGGCUACUUUGCAUCUUUCAGAUAUGCAAUUACAUAUGAUGUUAGUUCCCUUCUGCCAUACGAUGUACUGCUACUUCUUCUCAGAUGUGUUGGUUUCUGCAGGUCCAUUGGUUGCUUCAUUUUCAGCUAUAUGAUAGCUCGGGCAUGCUCACCAGUUGUUCCGUUAAAAUGACAAAACCGACUGAAUUUUAUCUCUUAUAUGUGUUACUAAAUACUAGAGGUGAUUAUUUUCUUUCGGGGGAUUACAGUUUUAUAAGCUUUAUGCCUUUUGAGACUUUGAGGUCCAAACUAAUUAGUCUUUGAGAUCUCAAUGCUUCUAUAUAGAUAUAAUUAGUAUUUCUCACAAUGAGCAUCUCCGAAGCUGCAGCCUAUGCUAAAAGUAGUGCUUAUAGCCGUAGUAGGCGAUACAUCAUUAGAACUAAUGUGUGACACUUAUUUUGCAACAACAACAUCCAAGUUUUUCAACAUUUUACAAUCUUACUAAUGUGUGCCGCCAAGUUUCUCUAUUUUAGAUGGUUCUGUCUUUUUACUUCUGAAAAUGGGUGUGUGUUCUAUUUAGCUAACUGUAAUUCAUUGUUGUAGUCGAAGAUGUUCCCAGGCUACCAUCUGGUUUAGAACUCUACAAUUCACAUCAAUACUGAAUUUGUUUUGCAACUGAAUUUGCAUAUUAUUUCCAAUAUUGCAUCUCAUUGCACUUUGAAGAUACACCGGACAAUAUUCCAUAGAAAAAACAUGAACUUUAAUAUCUGAGUGAUUAGUGUGCUUUGUAUAUCUGAUGUAUCGGGGAACUCUAAUAUCUGAGUUAUAUAUAUGGUUGUCUGGCAAGAUUGGUUUUCACCUAUCUAGCUCCUCAGCUCAAGGUUUUUAAGAUGAUACAUUUCUUGAUACAUCAACUACCCAUAAACAUACCUCAUGUUUUCUUAAAGGACAACUGAUAUCUCAAUCAGCUCACCCUUUUCUGCCAAAAACCUAUCAUCAUGUUCCUUACAAUAAGUUAUGCUUCUGUUUGUACAUUUGCAGCUUAUGGUGCUGCAUCUUUGGUUCUUUUUAUUCAAUUCAGAGCAGGUGACAAUGCCUUAUAUUGAUUGUUCUGGAUAGGUAUUUAGUCGUAAGAGAUAUCACCUAUGUGUCUCCAGAAAAGCAAAAACAACAAUUCACUGUUGAUUUACUUUGCUAUGAUUGCUCCCAUUAGAUUGUCCUUAAAUCAUGUGCAAAACUGAAGUAUUGUGUUGGCUGACUGUCAGCCUGACAAAUGAGAUGGGAUGAUGAUGCAGAGUGCUAAAAGGCCUAAUGGGUUAUCUCCUUGGUAGAUUAAGUUUGUUGGAUUGAUUUCAGGCCGUUGAAAAUAGAUGACACUAUGCCUCCCCCAAUUACAUGUGUUGCUUCCAAGUAGGACCCAUUUGCAAGUAAGAAAGUAAUAAUGAAUUUUCUACUCUUUGUUCUCUGCUGAACUUUCUUUUCUCUUGCCAUUUUGUAUGGUAGUCUUCCAUAGAAUUUUGUGAUAUCUACCUGACUCCACAAGGUCAUGCAACAUUAAGAAUUGCUGGGUUUGAAAAAUGCAGGAUGGAAUUUAUUGUUAAUUAAUUAUCUCUAUCUGAAGCAAGACAUUUUUAGUACACUGUUGAAUAGAGUUGAUGUAUUAGCAUGAGUAACAUUGCGGCAUUCUAAGGGUUGGUGCUAGAACCCCACCUAGAAACCACUGUUUUUCCAGCAACUAUGUGGUUCAUAUGUUGAUGGGAGGAGAACCAGGAGGUAGUGCAAUAUCCUUAUUAGUUAUACUCAGGGAUGCAAAAUCUUCAUCUGAUGAUUCCACCCCUUUACAUGACACUAGCUACCGCACAGUAGAAAGUGUCUCGCCGAUGCUCUUUACGACACCAAAUGACCGAUUAAUGACUGCACUCAUAGAGAACAUAACAAGGUAUUUUAGGAAGUGCUUGGACCAGGUUCAAAUUUUUGACAGUCUUAGGCACAUUUUUUACAGUGUUGGUUUCAAGUUUUUUUCUGACAUAGUUAAGACUUUCUAAAAUGCAGUCUUGAACUACACGUGCUUUGUACAAAGCUUGUUUAGUUCUCUAAAAUCUGCACAUGUUAGAUACAGUUUGAGAGAACAUGUGCAGAUUUGUGAGAACUAAAAAAACUUUGUCCAGAACAUGUCCAUUGAUAGUAAGAUUGUUUGUGAUAAUGAAAGGAGACAAUGCGUUUGAUAUAGCUUGUCAUGAGAUAAUGAAACAAUAGUGUUUAUUUGGUCACCAGCAAGAUGAUGAUGUGAAACGAACGGCUAUUUGCGCCUUUCAGAGUUUCUACCAUUUAAUAGUUUCCCAUAACAAAAUAUUUGCUAAUAGUUAGACGACCUUGUGAUUUUUGUUCCUAUGGGUAAACAGAUAUAAGGUUAAUCGCGUAAGCAUAGCUUGAGCAAAAGCACAUGAGUUAGCUUCUGGAUUGGUAGCUAAAAAUGAGAUACUUAUGGUUGUUGAUGCCUUCCUUUUUUGUAGUAACAUCCAUGUGUCCAGCAUAUGUAGAACAUUAGACUUUUCUUGGCUGAUUGUUGUAGUUCGUUCUCAAGGUUUGGAAAUCUUUAGCUAUAUUCCUUGUCUCAUGCAAGCAGGAGCAAUAUCUUCUUUAUGCUGUGUGCCGCCAAGUUUCUCUAUUUUAGAUGGUUGUGUCUUUUCGCUUCUAAAAAGGGAUAUGUAUUUUAUUAAUCUGACUAUAGUUUGUGGUAGGUACAUGCUGAAAGAUGUUCUGAGGCUAGCACCUGUUUAGAAGUUUUGCAAUUCACAACAAUACCUCAUAAUUGUGAUUUGAUGUCCAGAAUGUCAAUUGAAGAAUAUGAGUCUAUAAACUGAACUGCAUUGUAUUUUGUAAUAUAUCCUUAUAUAUGGUGCUUGUGGCGUUUUUUUCGUAAUUAUAAGUUUUUAGAACAAUUCGCCUUCUAUCACUUGCGACCUAGACCAUCUUUUUCUGGACUAAUUGAUUCUAGUUUAUUUAUAUUUGUAAAAACCUCAUUGAUUCAGGUUUCUUUAUAUUUGUUCAGGUUUCGGUCAACGGAAACAGGACUGUUGUAUGCACUUCUUUUACGAAGAUGUACUUGGUGUUGCUUGGUAGGGAGAAAUGAAGUGUGUGCCUCAUUCUGAAUUCUAUCGAGAAGCAACUAUUUUAGUUAUAUGUUAAUUUCUAGGGCACACGAGGUCAGCUUAAAUAUGGAAGUCUGCUGAUAGUGUUCCCACGCUUAUGCUUCAUCCAGGGGAGUGUGCUGACAGUGGAUGAUUUUUUUUUUUGUAUAAUUGGUUUGGACAUCAUAAGUACAUACUACUCCCUUCUUCCCAAAAUUCUUGUCUUAGAUUCGUCUAGAUUGGGAUGUAUCUAAUACUAAAAGGCGACUCGAUAUCUAAGACAUGUAUUUUUGGACGGAGGGAGUAUUUCAGUACAAUUUAGGCUAUGGCAGUGUGUUGGAUCCCUAUGCUUCAUUUAGUAUACGCCCUCCCUCCUCGCCUUU